AUGACCACACGCAAACACUCUAUUCCGCACGAGACGCGCACAGCAGCCGAACCACGACAGAACAAGCUCUAUACCGUUCGCCUAGCGCGUAUUGAGCAGAUUAAUCCAUCAGUCCGACUGCUUCGGCUUGCACUACCGCAAGAACCGCCCUUGGAUGAGACUGUCCUCGACGAUCAAUCACAGGAAACAUUCUCCUUCCUCCCUGGACAAUGGCUAGACGUCCAUGUCCCCUCCAUCCCACAAGCAGGCGGCUUCACAAUCACCUCCACGCCCGCCGAUGCGCAGCCGCUGCCCAUCCCCGAUCCAACAAUCAUCCAGGACGGAACGGAACAGCUAUUCCACCAACAGGCUGAACCCGGGGUUGAGUCUACAGCCUUCGAGGGGCGAUACCCGUAUGUAGAGCUCGCGGUUCAGCAGUCACCUUCCAAUCCACCAGCGGCGUGGCUGUGGAGGCCUCACGCGGAGAUAUUGGGUAGUGAAUUGACGGUCAGGGUUGGGGGCAGUUUUGUAUGGCCUCCUGCUCCUGUGAGAACGGAUCAAAUACACAAGAUUGUUUUUGUUGCGGGUGGUGUUGGCAUCAACCCUCUGAUAUCGAUCCUCUCCCACCUCACAGAAGAACAAACAGCCAAUCCUACGAUUCCGCUUCCUGAAAGGUCACCCAACAAUCCACUACAUAUCCGAUUCCUAUAUUCGACUCAGAUUCCAGCUUCGUCAGCUCCGGAUGAGAAAACGCUCGACCAGAUUCUCUUCCUAUCUCGACUUCGCAAUAUCGUACAGCGUACAAGGACCGUUACCAAACAGCCCUCGAAAAUCAGGCUGGAGCUGGACCUCUUCCUGACUAAUAUCUCAUCUUCUGCUGCCGCCGCACAAGCCGGCAAGGUACUUAACGAAGUGAAGGAUGGUAGCAAUGUAAACGACAGCAGUCCUCUCAUACAGGUACACAGUCGACGCAUCAAUAAAGACGAUCUUGAUGCAAAGCCACGACAAGAGGAUACGGUGUAUUACAUCUGUGGCCCGCCGCCAAUGACGGACGAGUUUGUGCAAUACCUCGAGCCUGUGGUUGGCAAGGAGAGAGUUCUUUACGAAAAAUGGUGGUAG